AAGCAGCUUGCUGGCCGGCGGCGCCCGCAGGUUUGAAUCACGCGCCUGCGCGGGCGCGCCGAGGGGCGGGGUCUCGGCGGCGGAGGACUGGCGGGUCAGAAGUAUAAUGACCCAGGAAAGCAGCUAUGGGAGGUGGACAAUAUCCAGUAGUGAUGAAAGUGAGGAUGAAAAGCCCAGACCUGACAAGGCGUCAACAUCGUCUGUCCCCCAGGCUGGGCAGGGAGCAGUGAAGGGGCCUGUGUACACCUGCUCAGAGGCCCGCAAGGUUACACACAAGAGAAAGCUCUCCCCUGUGAAGUUCAGCAGCGCAGACUCAACAUUACCCGCCAAAAGGCAGAAGAGUGAGGCCACAGAAGGUCUCGGCUGGUGUCUGUCCAGCAGCGAUGACGAGCCGCAGCCAGAGACACAGCGCGACCAGCCUAAAGACACUGUGGUCCAAGAGGAAAAACGUUCCUCCUCGCCCAACAUGCCUACCGCCCAGCAAGCUGUCCAUCGCAGCCCUCCUGCCAGCCAUGGGCCCCAGAGGGCUGAGGAUGAGUACGAGACCUCAGGGGAAGGCCAGGACAUCUGGGACAUGCUGGAUACAAGGAACCCCUUCCAAUUUUACCUCACCAGAGUCUCAGGGAUUAAGGCAAAGUACAACUCCAAAGCCCUCCACAUCAAGGAUAUUUUAUCUCCUCUGUUUGGAACACUUGUCUCUUCAGCUCAGUUUAACUACUGCUUUGACGUGGACUGGCUCAUAAAGCAGUACCCACCAGAAUUCAGGAAGAAACCGAUCCUGCUUGUGCACGGAGAUAAGAGAGAAGCCAAGGCACACUUGGAAGCCCAGGCAAAGCCCUAUGCAAACGUUUCCCUCUGCCAGGCAAAGUUGGAUAUUGCAUUUGGAACACACCACACGAAAAUGAUGCUCUUGCUCUACGAAGAAGGCCUCCGAGUUGUCAUCCACACCUCCAACCUCAUCCGGGAAGACUGGCACCAGAAAACCCAAGGAAUAUGGUUGAGCCCUUUGUACCCACGAGUUGACCAGGAAAACCACACAUCCGGAGAGUCAAGCACCCACUUUAAAGCUGACCUCAUCAGUUAUUUGAGGGCGUACAAUGUUCCCCCUCUCCAGGAGUGGAUAGACGCCAUUCAAGAACACGAUCUCUCUGAAACCAAUGUUUACCUUGUCGGUUCAACCCCUGGACGCUUUCAAGGAAGUCAUAAAGAUAACUGGGGACAUUUUAGGCUUAGGAAGGUUCUGCAAGCGCAUGCCCCAUCUGUGCCUAAAGACGAGUGCUGGCCCAUCGUGGGUCAGUUUUCAAGCAUUGGUUCUCUGGGGCCUGAUGAGUCCAAGUGGCUGUGCUCAGAGUUUAAAGAGAGCUUGCUGUCACUGAGAGAAGAUGGCAGAACUCCAGGGAAAAGUGCAGUCCCUCUUCAUCUGAUCUAUCCUUCUGUGGAAAACGUGCGGACCAGCCUAGAAGGAUACCCUGCUGGGGGCUCCCUUCCCUAUAGCAUCCAGACAGCUGAAAAACAGAAUUGGCUGCAUACCUACUUUCACAAGUGGUCAGCAGAGACAUCUGGCCGAAGCAACGCCAUGCCACAUAUUAAGACGUACAUGAGGCCUUCAUCAGAUUUCAGUAAACUGGCUUGGUUUCUUGUUACAAGCGCGAAUCUGUCCAAAGCCGCCUGGGGAGCAUUGGAGAAGAAUGGCACCCAGCUUAUGAUACGUUCCUAUGAGCUCGGAGUCCUUUUCCUUCCAGCGGCAUUUGGCCUGGACACCUUCAAUGUGAAACAGAAAUUCUUCUCCAGCAACUGUGAGCCAAUGACCUCCUUUCCUGUGCCCUAUGACCUGCCCCCAGAGCUCUAUGGGAGUAAAGAUCGGCCAUGGAUUUGGAACAUUCCUUAUGUCAAAGCACCUGAUACACAUGGCAACAUGUGGGUGCCUUCUUGAGACAAGCCCUCAGGCCACAGAUGAGGAGCCUACGCUUGAAGAAAGUCAGCAGCAGGAUGCCCCACAUGAAGCAGUGGGCCUGAGACUCAGUCCUGCCGCAUGGAAGCUCAUCCAUCCUGCACCACACCGUGCCUGCCACGCAGGGCAAGCUCUAGCUUCCUGUUCUGCGGUAGAUGUUAGAUGCUCGCCGAACAGAAAUUUAAUGUUGUAUGACUUUCAAGUAAACAUGGGUUCUGCGCAAGACCUAGUGUGCUUAGAAUAAGAAUCUGGGACUGAUUUUGUCAUGUCUUUUUUUCUUCACCAGAAGUUGAUUUUCUAGGCUAAAAACACCCGUACUAUGAAACCAUUUCUGAAUGAUGUAGGUGUUUUUGUGGUGUUUUUUUCUUAUGUGUCUGUGGAAGUCAGAAGAGGACGUUGGAGCCCUUGGAGGUAGAGUUACAGGUGGCUGGGAGCCGCCUGACAUGGCUGCUGGGAGCUGAACUCCAGUCCUCUACAAGAACAGUCAGCUUCUCAUCCCCGAAACAUCUCUCUAGAUGCUUUUUUAAGUCAGAUUUCAGGAGGGCAUUUGACUUUCUUUCAUCACCAAAGAAUUACUGCCACCAUCCCUUUCUUAAGAAUUCAAGAAAGAACUUGAGAACGCAUGCCUUUGAGGGAAGAGUACCUCAAAAUGGAGGUUUUCAUAAGCACUCUUAUUUAUAUUUCUAGGUCGGCAGUUAUAUCGAUGGAUUGAUACAAAUUACAAAAUGAUACAAGUCUACAUAAAAACUCACUGACGGGAAUAACGUAGCCUAACUGUGCUAUAAGGAUGAAUCUAAAAUUCUAUUGAUUAUAUGAUAAAAUCAUGUUAUGCAUAGGUCAGAUCCACUCAUACUGAAGUGUUUGGAAAUUAUCAUAGUAGCUUGCUUAUUUCAAGUAAUAAUCUCGGGUGCGAGAGUAUUACAAACUGCCUGUUUUUCCUUUCAGACAAGGCCUUCCUGUGACUCACAGGAAGCUUGCUUAACUACCGUUUCUUUUUAUGUUUCUCUCGACUAGUACAUUAUGACUCACGUAAGAUUCACACACAAGCCGUUUGCUCCUGGGAAAUGCCUGUAGUGACCCAGCAUGGCACAGAUGCUCAUCCUACAGCCCAGGCAUGCCCACUGGUCCCCUGAGCAUUGCCAUCCACUGAGCUGACUUCUAGGAACUGUUGUCUGUGUCCUGUCCAAUCUCCCUAAUGACCCUAUCAAAGAGGCUCUCUGAGUCUCAUCCGUAGGCAGAAAGACUAAGCAGAUUAUUCAUCCAAAAUCAUAUAGCUGGGAUUUGAACCCAGACAAUGUAGGUCCCAUGCCUGGUCUGUGGCCAGGCAACAACUGUGGUGAGUGUCCCAUGCUCCAGCCAGGAACAGGCUUUGUAUACCUGGGAUGUAACUAUAGAUACAAAACCGUGUGCUUUCAUCCACUGUAAUAACAAAUGACGGUUGGCAUGGCAGAACCAGCUAGCAGCACAUAAACCCAAACACUAAAUGCCACAUUAGUAUGCAGGCCUGAGUCGCUGAAUAAUUUAAGGCAGCCCAGCUUCCUGCCGAGCAGGCUCCGCUUGGGUUAGAGUGCAGAGGGCUGAAAACUGCACCAGUGAGUUUGUUCUGUUAUAUUCUCUGACCAACACCUGCUGCUUCUCCCGACCUGCUAGACCAAAGUACAAGGUAGGAAAAAUUAGAUCAGAGGUCAGAUCCUGGAGAGAGAGCAAGAGGCAGCCCAGGAAAUUAGGUGCGGGGGUACUAGCAAAGUCAGUGACACGCACAUGGCGGUGGAAGCUUUCUAAGUCUCAAUGAUCCAAAUCUUGUAGAGUUCGAAGCAGUCUGUCUCAAAGCAGAAUCCAAGCAGUGCAUGAAGGCAGCUCUUCUCUUUAGACAGUGAGACGCCCCCAUUGAAACUGAUUUGGCAUAACUUGCUAGGGGCCGUGUCUCCCGUUCACCCUGUAGCAAGGUUUUCAUAGAGGUCUUUUGCUGUUUAUUAAGUAGGAGGCAUCUGGGCCAAACCGCUUUUCUAAUACUCAAAGUGAGAAAAUGCUCGGGAUAAGAUGGCCGCAAAGGCAUUUGCUGUGGGUCAGCUUGGUCAUAGGUGACUGUAUACAUCUCUCCACACUGUGGCACAGGAGCAUCUCUUCAGCACUUGGAGAGAAACACCUAACAUUCAAGGUCACCCAGCUAGCUUGUGAACAAGAGCCGUGCCUCAUCUCUGGUGCUGGAUCAGCCCCAGCCAAGCCAGCGCAUAUCCCUUUCUGGGCCCAAGGACACAGAUGAUGUCAUGGUAUGUGCCUUGCAUGGCUGUCUGGUCUUGGGUUUAGAAAUUAUCAUAACAACUGAAUGCUGCUUGUGUUCAGAUAAUUGACUCCGCUGUAAUUUAGGAGACUUUAUAUAAUUAUCCGCCAUUCUGUAACCUUUUUUCAGUAUUUUAAUGAACGGCUGCCUGAGGCAGGGUCCUUCUAUAGUUACAGAAAUGGGGUUAAUUAGUCGCAAACGUUAAGGAAGGCUGAGGGUGCUGAAACCAGGGGAUCGGCAAUGCAGUGAAGACUGUGUCCGGGCCUUGGCUCUGCUCUAGAACCUGGCCGCCAUUCUCACAAACGCUGUCUCCGCCUAGAGGCUGAAAUUCCCCCAGAAUCCUGCCUGCCUUCAGCUAGACUCCAGAGAAAGGAAACUGCUCCCCACACAGCUCUAGCCGAAGGGAAGCCCAGGUGCCCCAAUGGACCAGCUUGAGCCACCAGGACAUUCUGUAAACUGCAGGUGCAUGUAAUCCAGACGCCAGGGUGGCCCUGGUAGAGAGGGAAAGAGCCUAAGAGACUACGGAGCAGUGGAAAGCACGGUCGAUUACAGUCGAUUCCAAACAAGACGUCCGUCUGGGAGACGUACUGACACUGCCCUGGAGGCCCUUUUUAUGUCUGCUCCUUGCAGAGUGUGUACGAGCUUACAGAUGUAUUCAAAAGUCCAAAUUUUCAGGGGCGGGGGGGCUGCGUAAAUAGAUGAGCCCUGUAUAAUCUGGACAUUCUAGAACUAAUUUUUCAAACUGGGGGUCGCAACCCAUGGUGAAUCAUGAAAUCCCUGUUAGUUUAAUCAAGUCAGUGAGUCACAGCCAGUACUUUUGGAUGAGAUGGAGUAAAAAAAAUAUAUAUAUAUGUAUAGCACAGGCUGGGUACUUAGUUUGUUGUUUAUUUAUAUACCUGAGUGUUGUCAGGAUUCCCAUAUAAAAUGUAUUCCUUUCUAGGUUCUCUGGUUCACCCACCCUGAAGUGACAGUCACCCCGGCUAAGGCUUGAGAGUUGACACCUGGAGGUGACAGCUUCAAGGCCCUGGAGACUCAUUAGAGUUGUCUAACUGUGUCCCUUCAAACUGUGAGAGCUUCGGCAAGUCCCCUAAUGCCUGCAUCUUGUUCUCGUCCGUAAAGUAAGGCUAAUAGCUGGAGGAUUACAAAAGCGGAUGGACUGGUAUCCUGGGUGCGACAAGAACUCAUCAAAGUUGUGACGAUUCUGUUCCUGACUGUCGUAAGCAAGCCCGGACCAGGCAACUUUUGGAGCCCUUAGAACUUGACGACCAGCAAAGAAAAGGAAGCCCGCGCCCCCUGGAAACCAGCGCUCUUCCUCAGCACUGCUUCCAGACUACUGACCUGUGCUUGCUUCUGGAAAAUAGGGAGAUCUGAGAGUCCCCGCUGCUGCAGUGGAUCCAUCCCCAAAGUGGGGGCUCUGUGCCUGGGACGUCUCGUCUCCAGGCUCAGCCUUAGAAGCUCCUUAAGGUCAGCAUGGGACAAGAGGUGGCAGUGAGCUGGUGGCUAGAGAAGGGGGAGAAGUCGAGGUGAGGACCUAAAUAUGUAAAGAGAGACAGGAUAAAAGCAAAUGGAUGGGAAAUGAUAGUAUGCAAAUGCCAGGCAUAAAAGGGCUGUCGUGAGUGGAUUGGUAUCACAUAAAGGCCUUUGCAAAGCAGAUGGUAUACGCUGCAGACAUUUCACACCAAACACCACUACGUGAAGAGGCUAUAGCGAACAAAUGGUAUGUGUUUCCUUAUAGCUUCAAAAUACUUGGAACAACAAAGGCUAGCUGGUGACUUUAAAUACCCCUGCUUCACCAGUCCAUAGAAUUAGCUAGAACAACAACUAAAAAGAGCUAAAAAAGCACUUGCAGAUGCUUUUACCAGGCAGACGUAGUCGGAGCCCUGAGGACCUACAGCUGCAGAAGGCUCGAGCUUCCCAGAGCAUCUCACUAGUGUUCACUCCGUCUGACGAGAUCAUUUAAAACGUCUCUAACUACAUGAGAAAUAAAAAAAAUGAAAAUCAAGCAAAUAUUUGUAUAUGAGUCACAAGCCAAAGAAAAACAAUUAUUUUUGCAAGAGAUUAUGAAAAUAUAACUUCCUCUAAAAUUGUUAUAGUGCAAGGGGCAUUGACCAGGAAAACUCACAGCUUUAGAGGAGAAGAAAUGUUAGUGAGAACGAAUCCGUCACAGAAGAGGGGCACGAUGGUUUCAAGAGCCAGAGGGAAAAGAUGUCUGUAGCAAAACAGCAUUUGCCAAACAUGGUGUCUCACCUGGGACCACGUGCACAAGACUUGCACAAGACCAAGCCAGCCAGAAUCCCAGCAUGGAUGAAAGGGGGCUCAUAAAGUUCCACCCCUCUCCGAGGAGCUAUUGACAAUUGCUAAGGGAAGGAAAGUCGGUUUUCUUCAGGAUGGAGUCCUGAGGCUACUCAUCCUCUAGUGUAUGGUCCCAGGCCAUUCAUAUACAAGCGUGGUAUUCUUUCUCUGUCUGUCUGCCUCUCUCUCUCUCUCUCUCUCUCUCUCUCUCUCUCUCUCUCUCUGUGUGUGUGUGUGUGUGUGUGUGUGUGUGUGUGUGUGUGUUUAAGAACACAUGAAGUUGGAAGAGAAAGGUAGUGGAGCAAUUGGGGAGAAAUUGGGGGGGGAGGAAGGGAAUGGGAGUCGGUUUGCCCCAAACAUUAUAUGCACUAUGAAUAUUAAAAUCCUUUUUAAAUAAAGGCCUAAAAUCUUGCCACAUGCCAUAAGCAUGUGGUUGGGGUGGGGGAGAAAUCCAAGGAGAAGUAGAAAAAUAAAUAUGCAGUACAAAACCAAGUAGAAUUCAUCUCAAAAAUGCCAUACUAUAAAUGUUCAUCCUUUUUAAAGUUUAUCCUUAACUAAAAAUAAAUUGAUGGACUACAACGUACUAACAGAACAAAGAAAAGCUGUAAGAUUAUUAUAAAUAACACAAAAAGCAUUGACAAAAUUCAACAAUCAUCUCUGAUUUUUUAAAAACAAACUAGAAAACAAAAACAAAACCCUAGAAAUAAAGAGAAAUGUCUCCACCCUCCAAAAGCAACUAUGACCAGGUAAUGGUGGUGCAGACCUUUAAUCCAGGACUCGGGAGGCAAAGGCAGGAGGAUCUCUGAAUUCAAGGCCAGCCUGAUCUUCCAGGACAGCCAUAUAGAGAAACCCUUUCUUGGGGGUAGGGUGAGGAAUCUAUGACAACCCUACAACUCACAGUAUCUGUAAUAAACUGAAGGAUUCACUCUUAAAUCCUAGCAAGAAUAACCUGCUCCCAGCUCGUCUGUGUCUUUUAUUUCUUGGAUAUUGCAAUAAGACAUCUAUUUUUUAAAGUUAAGAAAGCAAACCUCUACUUCAGUACAUAGAAACUCCUGAAGGACCACUACAACUAAUGAAUGAACACAGCAAGCUUACAGGAUACAACAGCAAACAUGAAAAGAUGAAACAUUUGAAUUUCUGUGUUCAGUACAAUCAAGGACAAAAAUAAUGCUUUA